AUGCAUACCCUUCAUAAUGCAUGCAGUUUCACCGUCAGCAAGGAAGGAAUCAAACCGCCUAAUGAAAAAGCAAGAGCAAUCAUCGAUUAUGCGAAACCUAAAACAAUCGAAGAACUAAGGCGUUUUCUUGGGAUGAUUCUUUUUUACAGAGAACACAUACCUAAAGCCGCUGAAAUCCAAGCACCACUUCACACCUACCUUCUCAACAUGAAGAAAAAAGAUAAAACGUCAAUCGCAUGGAAAGAUGAAGCCACGAAGGCAUUUGAAGCUAGUAAAUUUGCGAUCCAAAAUGCAGUUUUGCUCGCUCACCCAUGA